AUGGCGUUUUUGCAUUCCGUUCUCAAAGAUGUCCACGAUAAACAGCCUUACAAUGUUGGUAAAAAUAUAUUACGUGAUAAUGUUUUGAGUCAUUUUAAUGGUAAAUUAUGUUCAGGUCAUAAGGGUUUUCAGACUGUCAUUGACCGGGUGGCGCAGGGUGUGGGGGAGUAUAAUAGGGAAGUGGAGGAUUCAAAUAAGAAAGUCUCUGCUCCUAUAAUCAAGCUUCACAAAGAGAUGGAAGAGCUUAAAAAACAGGUUGAAGGUGCCAGUGACGAGCAAGCUGAGAAGGCAUUGAAAUCCGUGAGCAUUAUACUUAAGGAGUCGAAGCGUCAAGCUGAGAUAUUUGUAACGCACAUGAAUAGCGCACAUAGGCACAUAGCAGACCUUAAUACUAAAUGUAAUAUUAAUGUUAUUUACGCUAAAAAUAAUAUUUCACAUGAGUCGGCAGUUCUACACAGGUGUUCCGACAAGGCGUGGGAUGACUAUGUGACUACGUAUUCCACCAUCAGAAAUACGCUGAGAUGGCUUGAGAAGAAUGUAAAUGAACAGAUUGAAAAGCAAGUGACGGAUCUCGUUGAGACGCUAAAAUUCAAGGUAAAAAAUAUUAAAGUAAAACUUGAAGAAAUUGAAUACAAGCUGCGAGAUUAUCUUGUCGAGUUGAAUAAUUGGAUUACCGAGGCUAAGAAGUACAUUGAUAAUAUACGCAAAAGGCAUAUUGAUAAAAUUAUACAGAGGGAAGUUGGGCAGGACAAUUACGUGAAGAUUAAUUAUAUCGGCGAUGCUUUGAUAAAGGAGGCGAAGGAAAUCUACGAGGCGUUUAGAGCGGCUGAAACAUAUGUAGAGAAAUUAGUCGGUGACGCAUUGCAGGCCGUAAAAGAAAUGGACGCGGCGCUUAGAAAGGAUUUGAAGUUGGUUAAGGAUGGGAUAAAGGAGGACGUUCAGAAAUACGUCAAGAAUUUGAACAUUACCGAGUUGGAGGGGCAUGUUAAGAGUGGAUUGAAAACUUUGAAAACAAGUAUUGUAUCAGAUUUGCAGGGGUACGUUAAGGAUUAUGUCACCGCAGUAAAGGAUGAAGUAACGAAGAUCAUCAAUGGCAACGGAAAGCCGCAGGAUUGUGGUCUGAAAGGUAUUAAAGACAAAAUUGUGAAGGAUUACGCUGCUCAAUUUAGCAGCGAUGAGGGUUUUUGGGGUGCAGUGCAGAAAUGGAUACAAAACAUUUUGGAUACUAAUGAGGUGAUUAAGGAAUAUUUUUCCAAUUAUGUCAGCUAUAACAGCAGGUUUAACAUUACGUUUAAUGAAAAAUACUUUGAGGGCUCCACAAGUAGGAUUAGUAAAAGCCAUACUGAUGAAAUCGCAGAAGAUAUCAAGGAAGUUAUUAAAAACGAAGGUGGCAUCAAAAUUGUGAGCGUACAAAUACGGGGCGACGCGACAGAGAAUAUCCAAGGUUACAUCACCGCAGUCCAGGAGUGUAUCACAAAUUUUGCCACGACGCUUGGGGAGAAGAUAAAAAAGGAAGCAUCUGAUUCUAAUGGUAGAAUUAAGUUCGUUCAGGGGAUAGUCGACGCGAUCGAAUUGAAGGUAGUGAAGGAAGGGGAUCGGCAUAAAACUACCAAAAGCACACUUAAUGAAAUUGUCCAAAUAAUUUUACAUUCGAUCCAGUCAACCGCUACCAAAGUAGCCGAACAAUUCAAAUCGUUCACUGAGAGGAAUGUUUCCAGCAGUGUCACCUACAAGCUCGGUGAGAAUCUCGACGCUGCGUUAAAGGUAGUUGAACCGCUUGAGGAUAAGCUUGGCCAGGCGGUUGUUGCUGGAAAUGGUCCCGUCGAUCCCAGCGCUGCAUACACUUCCGGCAAGGCAAUUGACCUUGCCGGAAAAACUGAUGAAAAAUUGCGGCAGGGUGUAAAGCUGGACGCUAAACAGCCUCUUAUGCAGCAAUUCAAGACGAAGUACGACGUGCUUUAUGGUAAGCUCGAAAAUGGUCAAGUUGAUCGUACCUUUGGUAUUAGACUUGGUCAGCAAAUCGGUAAGGAUGAACAGUCAAGUGCGCCAGGUGGUGGGCCAGGUGCAGACGCUAAAGUCACACUCGACAGUAAAAAAUUCAGCAAAUACCUUCUUAGCGUAGACACCUCUUGCCUAGGUACAGACAAAUCAGAUCUGUCCGGCACCGACCCCAAAGAAGGUAAACUUCCACUGGCGAUUGGGGCGAUCAGGGAUGAGGGUCUGGACUAUCUCCGAAAUACACUGGAUGAUAAAAUAAAGGGGCACGAUGGUGUGUUGUAUAGGUUUUCCAAGGUUAUCACCAAAAACCUCAACGAUCUCCAAACGGCGAUAGCAGGCUUUGCCGAUGGAAUCAAAUGGAAAUUAGAAGCACUCGAGAACGAAAACAUAGAUACUAAACUCGCCAAAAUCAGAGAUACGCUGAACAACCUUCGAAACGAUAAUUUGGGAGAAGUCAUCACUGCUGCCGAAUGUUAUAUCGACAGCGAAGCCGACGAGUUACGUCACUCAACCAUCUGCUCACUCCAAGACUUUCUACACCAACAAGUCAAAAUUGCUCAAACCACCCUCACCACCCGCGCCCGCCGCAACUACGUCACCUCCGUCAAGGCGAUGCUCCAGGCCUUCGCGCAAAAGGUCACGCAGGAGCUGAGCCCUUUGCCCGCCGCGAUCGAGGAGGACCUGCGCAUAGGAUUCAAGGGGUUUAUGAAGACGCUCGAUAACUCCCUUGAGAAAACUCUUAAAGGUCAAGGAGAAGCAACAAGACUCCAAGACUUUGCCUACAGCUUCUUGACAUUCAUGGGUCCUGUAAAGGACUACGUUAAUGGAGAAAUAGUGAAGGUUCACAGGGAUGAGAAUGACAAGAAGAAUCCUAAGCCAUCAGGGGAGGAAGAUCUGUACACCACUAAGCUUCGAAUUAUUUUUGACGCACUUCAAAGCUUGCUUAAUCAUAUCAGCACCGAGAAAAGGUACGACUGUGCGUUCCCUAUGCUCGUUGAUAGUCUCUCUGGUGCUAUUUCUAAGCUGAAACCAGCAUCCUUCGAGCUGUCCAAUACGCCGAUACUGGAUGGUCUUGGUAAGGGGCUGAAUAAAUUUGUUGACCAGAUGAGGAAGGCGUACAUAAACGUAUACGAGGGACAUCCUCAUCCAAUUGACUUCAAUAAUUUGUUGAAGGACAAAGAAGAUGAGCCCGCAAAAAUACCUGCAGAAAAGUCUCCGGUUGCAAAACCCAAGGAACAAGUCUUGACCCCGGACGGCAGAAAUUUGUCUAAGGUUUGCUUGACGACAAUUCAUCUGCUUUUUAAUGACCUGCAUAAGCUGUUUUACAACUGCGCCAAGAAAUAUAGAGACCUUGCAGUUGACGGUAGUGCAAUAACCGAUGCUGAAAAGAAUAAAUUACAAAAACAUUUGGAACGUCAUGGCUUCAAGAUCGACAACCUUAUAACAAAUACGACCGGUCAUAAUGUUGCCGUCAAAUUAGGCAACGGCUUCAGUAAGCACGGAGAAUUCAAUGCAUCGCCAAGUGCCAACCACAUUAAUUUCAAUAUUUAUCUCAAAUCCGUUCAUGCCUCCAUGAAAUCUAAUAACGUUCUUCGCAAACUUUAUGAUUACCUGGAAAGGUAUUUCUAUGCUUGCCACCUCUCCACUUUCUCUGCAACUAGAUACCCUUGCAGUGUCUUUGAGAUGCUGGCAUGGUGUUCCGGCCUUACGUACAACGUGUUUUAUCAGAAAACUAUGGACCAGUGUAACGCUAUGAUUAAAGACGAAAAGGAUGACUUACUUAGAAAUAUGUUAUACGACGUGGUUGCAGUACACCUGCCCGCAAUAUCUACGCCUGCCUAUGAUUUGUUGGUUGGAAUCGCCGGCCACGGCGACGCUGCAACCUACUAUGGUUGUGACUAUUUUGCCAAUAAGCUGGGCUUACAUUACCCAUCGAACGCCAACAGUUGCUUCGACAUGCUUCUUGAUGUACUUCGUAGAAUAUACUCCGUUUCUAAAUUUCUACUUAAUCGAUGUCGUCUAUAUAAAUCGUCGUUUGGCUGGGCAGACUGCGACUUUGGAACGGGUGUUCAGACAUCCGGCUGGCAGUGCAGUCCAGAGGGUGACAAAUUGUCAUCGACUGCCGACUGUUCUGUCGGUUCGCCGCUGCACUCAUACCUGACUGAUAGUCAGAGAGGCUUAUUGCCUCACGCUCUCAUAUCCUUUAAAGGCAAACUUGUAUGUUCCACGUGCAGUAAGAGCGCAGGUAACAUGCCAUGUUUGACGCCGCUUGGCUUCAGAAGUUUCUCGGGAAGCAAAAGGACAGGCAAAGACCUAUGUAACGUGCUGGGCAAAUUGUGCGGUAGAGAAGGAUGUAUGUCCAACCUUUAUUCAUGCAUUUCAUGCCUGGUUGGCCUUACGCCUAAGACGUUGACUGAUGUACUUUCGUUCUACUGCCAAUUCGCACAGUCAUGGGACCUGAUGCCGUUAGAUACCAAACCAAAGCAUCCCAUUCAGUGCGCUCUCUACGAGCAAAUAACAGCUACGGUGGCAUGUGAUGCUGCAGAUGCACGUAAGCUGCUUAACCCCUGCCGUGUUUUUUAUGAGAAUGCAACUCAUGUUUCCCACAACAUUGAUAGCCCCGAUAUCAAAUAUCUUGUUGGAUGCAAUCAGAAAGGUUGCGGUAGUUUUAUUAAACCCCUUAAUAGUACUGCAUAUUACACCUUUGCUGCCAAAAAUGCCGGCAAAUAUCUGACGUGGUUGUUAUAUGUGUGCCCUAGGCUUCAAACAUUCCUCGAGCAGCUGAAAGAAUCAUUCAGUAAUAUUUCCUGUUCUGACUCAGGUUGUAGGGGAUGUCACCAUGAAGGAAAAUGCAAAUCUGGCAAACAUGGCACUGAGUCAUGUGAUUGUGCAUCAAUAGCUCAUUGUCGUGGCGUAUUGCCCGUAUUAUAUGAACAUGGGCUUGUGUAUUCGGAGGACGGCUACACAAGUACAAAAACGUGCAGCACAUUCUACAAGGCAAUUGAUGGCAUAUUGAAUUCGAAAUUGCUGGGGGACUUCCUCGAGGCAAUCGAUAAUUUCUUUUUAGCAGUAAGAAAGAAUUUCAUCUGGACACUGCUAGCCCUCUGGUCGCUCUCGCUCCUGUACCUGCUGCACAUCGCCGUCGUCCGCCUCGACGUCCUGAGGAUACGCUCCCACCUGAGAUCACCCUCAAGCCACCGCAUCGCCGCCCAGUCCCUCCUCGCCGCCGCACGCGUCAAGGCACUCGCCAACGUCAAGUACUUCUCAACAUAA